UCUUCAUUUCCCAGAGAACAAUUAUUCCAAUUCUAGAGAGAGAAACUCUUCCAGAAGGUUCGAGUUUCUAGAGAGAGAAAUUGGCCUCGCCGGAGAUGCCUACGCCAGAAGCGGACCCGGAGCGCCACCACCACCGAGGUCGGACCACCAGACCUGCGGCGGCGGCGGUUCGGCCGGCGAGGCCGUCGCUCCGGCAACUGCUCCGAGUGGCCUCCGUUGCCUGCGGAAUUCAAUUCGGCUGGGCUCUACAGCUCUCUCUGCUGACUCCCUAUGUUCAAGAGCUCGGAAUCCCUCACGCUUGGGCCAGCGUCAUCUGGCUCUGUGGGCCGUUGUCCGGUCUGAUAGUCCAGCCCACGGUUGGACACAUGAGUGAUCGGUGCGCGAGUCGAUUCGGCCGGCGGCGGCCGUUCAUCGUCGCCGGGGCGGCGUCUAUUGCCGUCUCGGUUUUGAUCAUCGGCCACUCCGCCGAUAUCGGGUGGCUGCUCGGAGACCGCGGCGGCUUGAGGCCUAGAGCUAUCGGAGUUUUUGUGUUCGGGUUUUGGAUUCUGGACGUGGCCAAUAAUAUGACCCAGGGGCCUUGUAGAGCUCUACUUGCUGAUCUCACUGGAAAGGACCAUCGAAGAACUCGAGUUGCAAAUGCAUAUUUCUCUUUGUUUAUGGCUGUUGGCAAUAUUCUUGGGUAUGCAACUGGAGCAUUCAGUUACUGGUACAAGGUUUUCCCGUUUACACUUACAUCCGCGUGCGAUGUUAACUGUGCAAAUCUCAAGUCUGCAUUCAUUAUUGAUAUAGCAUUCAUUGCACUUACAACAUAUUUAAGCAUAUCAGCGGCUCAUGAAGUACCUCUGGGUUCGAGCGAGAGAAAUACCCCUUUUGCUGAGGAAGGGCCAGGGCAUUCCAGCCAAGCUGAAGAAGCUUUCCUCUGGGAGCUGUUUGGGACUUUUAGAUAUUUUUCAGCAUCUAUAUGGUUAAUCCUUCUUGUUACUGGUCUAAACUGGAUUGGGUGGUUUCCAUUUCUUCUGUUUGAUACUGAUUGGAUGGGUCGAGAAAUUUAUGGCGGCGAGCCAAAUGAAGGGAGAAACUACAGUGAUGGGGUUAGAAUGGGAGCUCUUGGUUUGAUGUUGAACUCAAUUAUGCUUGGUGCAACUUCUUUGCUAAUGGAGAAGCUUUGCAGAAAAUGGGGGUCUGGUUUUGUUUGGGGGAUUUCAAGCUUUAUCAUGGCACUUUCCUUUCUUGCAAUGCUUGUUAUUACAUUUGUGAACAAGAGUAUUGGCCAUGAUUCACCUCCAACUGGGAUUGUGAUAGCUUCACUGGUUGUAUUUGCGAUUCUUGGAAUUCCAUUGGCAAUCACGUACAGUGUUCCAUACGCCUUGAUUUCUUCUCGUAUAGAGUCUUUGGGACUUGGCCAAGGCUUAUCAAUGGGUGUACUGAAUCUGGCAAUCGUGGUACCACAGGUCCUGGUAUCCCUGGGAAGUGGACCAUGGGAUCAGCUAUUUGGUGGUGGAAACUCUCCAGCCUUUGCGGUUGCAGCAGCUGCAGCCUUAGCAAGUGGGCUGGUGGCCAUCUUGGCUAUUCCACGUUCUAUUCCGCAGAAGCCUAGAACUUUCACAUGAGGUACUCCAAUAAUUGAAAGGCCUGGCAGGAAUUGACAUAGAGCUGAAUAUCUGUGUGGAGUGCUUCCAUUCAGCAAAUCAUACUUCUCAAUUCUACAGUAUUUUGAAUGAGGACUGUCAUGCUAGUGCACUCUUAUGGAAUCCUUUUGUUGGAAUCAUAAUCUCAAUUAGGCAUCGUGCCCCAAUUUCACAAUGGGUGGUGCUGCCAUUUUCAGAAGUGUGAUGGAGGUUUUUAGAAGUGUGAUGGUACAAGUUGGUCCAAAAAAGCGAUGGAACGCUGGCUACACAAGUGUAUGGAUAUGCGUACGCAAAUGGAUUGAUGUAAUAGCCAUCACUAAGUUCUUGGUUAGACAAGUUAUCAACAAUUAGUGGAGAAUUUCUGAAAUGAAAAUCAGUCCCAUCUGCUGGAUUGUGGCAAAUUGCUACGGAAAAGUAGGUGAAGCCUCAGCUGUAGGAUUCGGAAAUUACUUGAAGAGCAGUUCCCUACCAAGUACCAACCAUAAUAUGUUUCUGCUUUUCGGGAAUUUGUCCUCCUGAAAAUAUCAUUUUCUUUGGGGUAAAGUUGAUUUUGAGUUGGUGGUUAAAUUAUGAGGUAUUGGAAUCUCAUGCGUUUUGUGCAUGAAUUUUUAGUUAUGUAUGGUGAAUGUGCUUAGUGGCCAACAGUGAAUAUGUGAAAUGUACUGAUUGAAACCUUGAUGGAGACAUCUCUUUUAUUCUCUGAUUUGCUGUUUUGAAAGCUUGGGUCAUUUUAUCUGAUACCUUUCUAUGUA